AUGGUGCAGUGCUGUGUCCCGUGUUGUUCAAAUCGAAACGACAUCAACAAAGAGAUUUUGUUUUACCGAUUUUCCCGUGACGAGAAGGAGAAGAAGAAAUGGCUUAGGUUGAUACAGUGGGACAAGUUCACCCCGAACUACAACUCGAGGGUCUGUGGGUGGCAUUUUCCUGACAAAGCAGCUGGGACAACACGGUUUGCAUGGAGUGAUGGAAAGGCUUUCACCAAGCACAUCACCCCCAAACGAGUAGCUGGUCCGAGCCAAAACAAUCUUAACGUUGCUACGCAGACCCCUAGUACUGUGGUACUUGAAAUUGAGAAUGAUAUGCUCAGACAAGAAAAUGACAAACUAAAACAAGAAGUGGAGAAACAAAAACAAACAUUUUCAUUCAGUCAAAUCUCGUCCCACCCUGAUAAAGUCAAUUAUUACACUGGCUUGCCAGAUGCUGCCACUGUCCUCUUUUUGGAAGCCCUUCUCUCCAAAUUUGAACUAAAGUAUCACUUUGAUUGGAAUGUCAAAAAUGUUUCAGCUGCCAGAAAAAUGGAAGUGAUUAUUGCACUCAUUGCUACAGAUGUGGAAGCACUGAACACUUGCAGGUUGCAGGGUGAGAGGAACCAGGCAAGAAAGAGAUGGUCCUUUUAA